UGCACACACAAACACGCACAAACACACACAUCUAAAAGAGGCAGACCUGCAAAACGACGUUCGUCUCAAUUAGAGAUCAUCAGAGGGCUUUUUUGUCUUUAUUUUCAUCACAGCCUCCUUGGAUUUCUCUCAUGUGUCCGUGAUUGCGCACAGCGCCCCGACAGUGGAUAUCUACGUCAGAUCGAGACAUAUUUUGGCAGCAAUAAGAUACCGGUGAAUGGGAAACAGAGUCACGGAACCUUCUCCACCUUCCCCCCAUCUUGACACACACGUGCGCCUUCCCAUUGGUGAGGUUUGCGCUCCUGAGAGCGGAGCCGGUGCGCGCGCUCAGCCGGGCCGGGCGCGCCUCGUCUGGGAGGAGUAGAAGGGAUGGAGUCGUUUUUCACAGAGGGGGCCCGGGUUUGGGUCAAGGAGAAGGAACAGUUUCUCCCAGCCACUGUUAACUCCUGUGGAGAUGGAACCCUAGUGGUCACAUCUGACUAUGGAGAGGUGCUUUACCUACAGCAGGCUGAGGUCACUCGGGAGCGGGUGUACGCCAUGCAUCAGUCCAGCAUUGACGGGGUGGAGGACAUGUCAGCUCUGGCUGAGCUGCACGAGGCUGCAAUCAUGCACAAUCUUUACCAGCGCUACCAGAAGGAUAAUAUUUACACCAAUAUUGGAAGCAUCCUGGCUGCUGUCAACCCAUAUAAACAGAUUGCAGGUCUGUACGACCUGGAGAGGGUUGACUUGUACUCCAAGCACCAUUUAGGGGAGCUCCCUCCACACAUUUUCGCUGUGGCCAAUGAAUGUUACCGCUGCAUCUGGAAACGCCACGACAGUCAGUGUGUCCUCAUAAGUGGUGAAUCAGGGGCGGGGAAGACGGAGAGCACUAAACUGCUCCUGCAGUUUCUGUCAGUGAUGAGCCAGAACUCCGUUGGGACUCCGCAGUCAGAGAGAACUACACACGUGGAGCAAGCCAUUGUUCAGAGCAGUCCCAUCAUGGAGGCCUUUGGAAAUGCAAAGACUGUUUAUAACAACAACUCCAGCCGUUUUGGGAAGUUCAUCCAGCUUCACUUCUCAGAGUGCGGCAACAUCCAAGGAGGCUGUGUCAUCGACUAUUUACUGGAAAAGAACCGUGUGGUGCGACAAAACCCCGGAGAGAGAAACUACCACAUCUUCUAUGCCCUGCUGGCAGGAGCCAGUAAAGAAGAUAAAAGCCUCUACUUCCUGGAGGAGCCUGCUGAAUCGUUCCACUACCUCAGCCAAUCAGGGUGUCUGAAGGAUAAGAGCCUAAAUGAUAAAGAACUUUACAACAGUGUUAUGGAGGCGCUGAAAGUUUUAGGGUUCACAGAGGAGGAGAUCAGAGAUAUGUUUAAACUGCUGUCAGGCGUUUUGCAGCUUGGGAACAUGGAGUUCAUGCUUGCAGGAGGAGCUCAGAUCACCACCAAGCAAGUGGUCAGUAAUGUCAGUGAGCUGUUGGGUCUGGACGCCUUCCAGCUGUCUGAAGUCCUGACUCAGCGAUCCAUAAUUCUGAGAGGAGAAGAAAUCUGCUCCCCUCUCACUAUUGAACAGGCGAUUGAUUCCAGGGACUCUGUUGCAAUGGCAUUAUAUUCCCAGUGCUUCUCCUGGAUCAUCCUCAAGAUCAACCAGAAAAUCAAAGGAAAAGAAAAUUUCAAAUCCAUUGGAAUCCUUGAUAUCUUUGGCUUUGAAAAUUUUGAGGUGAAUCGUUUUGAGCAGUUUAACAUCAACUACGCCAACGAGAAGCUUCAGGCGUACUUUAACAAGCACAUCUUCUCCCUGGAGCAGCUGGACUACAACAGGGAAGGUGUGCAGUGGGAUGCCAUUGACUGGAUGGACAAUGCAGAGUGCCUCGACCUCAUAGAGAAGAAACUUGGCCUGCUGGCGCUGGUGAAUGAAGAGAGCAGGUUCCCCAAAGGAACGGAUUUCACUCUGCUGGAGAAGUUGCACAGCAGACACUCAACAAACCCUUACUAUGUGAAGCCCAGAGUUGCAGAUCAUCAGUUUGGGAUCAAACAUUAUGCUGGAGAGGUGCUUUAUGAUGUGAGAGGGAUCUUGGAGAAGAACAGAGACACGUUUAGGGAUGACAUCCUGAACAUGCUCAAGGACAGCAGGCUGGACUUCAUCUACGACUUGUUUGAGAAGGUCGGCAGCAGAAACAAUGAGGAGAAGAUGGGGACAGCCAGACGUAAACCCACAGUGAGCUCUCAGUUCAGGGACUCCCUUCAUGCUCUUAUGGCCACUCUCAGUGUAUCCAAUCCGUUCUUCAUUCGCUGCAUUAAACCCAACAUGGAAAAGACUCCAAACGUGUUUGAUCCUGAAAUCGUUCUGAACCAGCUGCGAUAUUCAGGGAUGCUGGAGACGGUGAAGAUCCGUCGUGCAGGAUUCCCCGUUCGCAGAACGUUUAAAGAUUUUUUCUCACGGUAUAAAAUCAUCUUUAAAGACAGAGUAGCGACAGCAGGGGAUGAUAAGAAAAGAAGUACUGAUCUGUUAACUAAAUACGACAAGACUAAGAAAGAGUGGCAGCUGGGAAAGACCAAGGUUUUCAUGAAGGAAUCUUUGGAGCAGCGUUUGGAGAAAGACAGGGACGAAAUCCGGCGUCAAGCUGCCAUGAUAAUCAGAGCACAUCUUCUCACUUUCUCUGCAAAGAAGCAUUUCAAACAGGUUCGCACCAGCAUUGUUGUUCUGCAGAAACACCUGCGGAGGCACAUCCAGCGCAGACAGUUUGUCAAACAGCGUAAGGCAGCGCUGGUGCUGCAGAAACACAGGCGAGGGCAGGUGGCCCGUGCCCAUGUUCGAAAAUUAAAAGAAGAGAAGAAGAAGAGGGAAGAGGCGCAAAGAAAGAAAGAGGAGGAAGAGACGAAAUUGGGUGAGGGGGAAAACAAGGAGGAUAAGCAUGAAGAAGAUGAAGAAGCAGCAAAGAAGGAUGAAGCUCGUCAAAUGGAGGAGAUCCUGCAGCUGGAGAGAGAGAUCGAACGCUUGCAGAAAAAGCGAGAAGAUGAGGUGUCGCAGCUGUGUGAGUCCUCCAAACAGGAGCUACAGUUGCGUCGGGAUGCUGAGCUCAAGCGGAUGAAGAAGGAGGCAUCCCGGAAGGCGACGGAGCUGAUCGAUCUCCUGAACUUUGGGGGUGUAGAUCCUUCUGUGGAAGCAGUUGGAGAGAAGCCUGCAGAGGAGGUGAACACAGCUAAAGGGGCAAGCCCAGCUGCAGGGGCAUCUAAAGAAGAGGAUGUAGAUGAAGGGUUCCAUGCUGAGGAGGAGUGCAUCCCCCUGCCGGACUUCCCACCCCCUGCUGAGUCUGAUGCUCCCAUAGAUCAGGAAAUAUUUGUUCAUCUCCCUCCUCCUCCACCUGCCUUUGCAGAAGGAACAGUUCCCCCUGGGCCUCCUCCUCCUCCUCCACUUCCAGCAGAUGGCAUACCUGCUGCUGGAAUUCCUCCGCCUCCUCCGCCACCUCCACCUGGAGAUGGGGCUACUGUCCCACCACCUCCGCCACCGCCCCCGGGAGAGGCAAAUGAGGCAACCAAACAAGAUACUGAAAGGAAAGUGAGCAUGGUGGAGAGCCUUGUGGACGGAGAGGAGCCUAUCUACAGCAUGCCAGCCGAUACAGAGUCGGACUACGAUCAGGAAGACGAAGAGGGGUCUGUCAAUGCCGGUGACGACAGCUCGGUAUCCGGAAGCAAUCGUGGGAGCGCUACAGUCACAGACGAGGAGCACCCGAGGAAGUCGACCUGCACCAACACCAGCGUGGAGUCCUACAGAGGCAGCUCUGACUCUGUGAGGACACACACUUACUCGCAUCCUCACAUGCGUGCACGCAGACAUUACGCAGACAGCGAAGAUGAACAUGAUGGCAUGUUGGACACGGAUGAAGAGGUGACGAAUGGUCGAGUGACUUUGCUCAAUGGAAAUGGACCCCCGUAUUUCCAUGGUUACCUCUACAUGAAGGCUGGUCUGAUGAUCCCGUGGAAGAGGCGCUGGUGCGUCUUAAAAGAUGAGACAUUUAUGUGGUUCCGGUCCAAGCAGGAAUCCCUGAAGUCUGGGUGGCUCUACAAGAAGGGAGGAGGACUCUCUACUCUUUCCCGGAGGUUAAACUGGAAGAUGCGCUGGUUUGUUCUAAGAGACAACAAGCUGAUGUACUAUGAGAAUGACAGUGAGGAGAAGCUGAAAGGAACCAUUGACAUCCGAGCGGCUAAGGAGAUCGUGGACAACCAUGAAAAAGAGAACGCUCUGAACAUCGUUACAGAAGAAAGGACGUACCAAGUGUUUGCCGAGUCGCCAGAAGAUGCGAGUGGGUGGUUUAAUGUGCUUAGCAAGGUGAGAGUGUGCACCCCUGAACAGCUGCUGGACAUGUCUCAUGAGCAGGCAAAUCCUAAAAAUGCAGUUGGAACACUUGAUGUAGGCCUGAUUGACUCGGUUUGUGCAUCAGAUAACCCUGAUCGCCCAAAUUCGUUUGUCAUCAUUACGGCAAACCGGGUGAUCCACUGCAACAGUGACACACCCGAGGAGAUGCAUCACUGGAUCAGUCUGCUGCAGAAACCCAAAGGAGAUGCCAGGAUAGAUGGACAGGAGUUCCUUGUCAGAGGUUGGCUCCACAAGGAGAUGAAGACGAAUGCUAAGAGCACGUCCCUGAAACUGAAGAAACGCUGGUUUGUUUUGACCCACAACUCUCUGGAUUACUACAAGAACUCAGAGAAAAACUCCUCUAAGAUGGGGACUUUAGUCCUAAACUCCCUCUGCUCUGUCAUCCAGCCGGAUGAACGGGUUCACAGGGAGACUGGCUACUGGAACAUAAUUGUGUAUGGAAGGAAGCAUUGCUAUCGCCUAUAUACUAAAAUGCUGAAUGAGGCCAUGAGAUGGACGGCCGCAAUCCUGGGAGUCAUAGAAAGCAAAACCCCGAUCGAAACUCCGACCCUUCAGCUCAUUAGAGAUAUCAAGGAGAACAGUGUGAACCCAGAAAUAGUGGAGCAGAUGUACAGGAGAAACCCAAUCCUCAGAUACACUCAGCAUCCACUGCACUCCCCUCUGCUGCCGCUGCCUUACGGGGAGGUCACCAGCUUGCAUCGGCAGCAGGGCUAUGCUAGUCUGCAGGAUGAGGCAGUGAGAGUUUUUAAUUCACUACAGGAGAUGGAGACACUGGCAGACACGGUGCCCAUCAUUCAGGGCAUCCUGCAGACCUGCCAGGAUCUGCGUCCUCUCAGGGAUGAGGUUUAUUGUCAGGUGAUCAAGCAGACCAAUCAUGUGCCUCAACCUAACAGCCCAGCCAAUCUGGCACACUGGCACCUGCUGACCUGCAUGAGCUGCACCUUCCUUCCCAGUCGAGCCAUCCUCAGAUAUCUCCGCUUCCACCUUAAAAGGGUUCGUGAACGUUAUCCUGGUACGGAGAUCGAGCGUUAUGCAAGCUUCAUUGGUGAAUCCCUGAAGAAGACCAAGACUCGUGAGUUUGUCCCAUCUCAGGAAGAGAUCGCAGCCCUGCUGCUGAGACAGGAGAUGAGCACCACUGUCUACUGCCAUGGAGGAGGCUCCUGCAAGAUCUCAAUUAACUCUCACACAACAGCUGGAGAGGUUGUUGAGAAGCUGAUCAGAGGUCUGGCCAUGGAGGACAGCAAGAACCUGUUUUCUCUGUUUGAACACAACACAUUUACAGACCGAGCGCUGGAGAGCAGAGUGAUUGUGGCGGAUGUCCUGGCCAAAUUUGAGAGAUUGGCAGGCAGUGAAGAAGACGAAGAAGAGGGAGAGUGGAAACUGUAUUUCAAACUGUACUGCUUCCUGGAUGUAGAGAGCAUGCCCAAAGAGGGAGUGGAGUUUGCAUUCAUGUUUGAACAGGCCCAUGAGUCUUUAAUCAGCGGCCACUUCCCAGCCUCAGAGGAGACUUUGCAGCACCUGGCAGCUUUACGUCUCCAGUAUCUCCAUGGCGAUGGGGCGGGUCGGGCUGGAUGGAGCCUCGGAAGCGUGUAUCCCAUCGGACGCCUACGGAAUCGCAUAUUGCAAUCCACGAAACCGGGGUCGGCCGCAGUGGGCGGACCUGGGUCAAGGGGCAGCGGAGGGAUCGGAGACGUGAUCGGUACCAUUGGAGGACAGGGGGGGGCAGGGUCCAGCACGGAGAAACGAAAGACUCCGACCUUCAGGGAUUCUUCCCUCAGGAAAAGCAAAACGGGUUCACUGAAGAAGCAGAAGGUGGAAGGGGAGCAGAGGCUGGAAAUGUGGGUGAAGGAGGAGACGUCUGCAACGCGCACCAGCAUCAUGGAGAAGUGGGCCCGUCUGCAGGGAAUGCCGCAGCAUCAGGCCAUGCUGAAGUACAUGAGCAUCAUCAAGGAGUGGCCUGGAUAUGGCUCCACUCUCUUUGAUGUGGAGUGUAAAGAGGGAGGUUUCCCUCACGAUCUGUGGCUGGGAGUGAGUGCUGACAAUGUUUCUGUGUAUAAGCGAGGUGAACCCAAACCACUGGAGACCUUCCAGUAUGAGCACAUCACCUUCUUUGGAGCUUCUCAGCCAUGCACCUAUAAAAUCAUUGUGGAUGAAAGGGAGAUGUAUUUCGAGACUCCACAGGUUGGGGAGAUCACCAAGAUCAUGAAGGCUUACAUAAACAUGAUGGUGAAGAAGCGUUGUAGCAUCAUGUCCGUGACCAGCGUGGCUAGUUCCUGGGUCAGGUGAUCACCAAACCACGGUCCUCUGUUCAUCCAUCCAGCUGCAACAGGCCCCUUCAUCGGCCAUGUUAGAAUUAUGUUCUUGAUGAUGGCGGAUGCAGCAGCCAGUAAACCCAACAGUUGAUUCAACUUAAAAAAGCCGUCCAAGGCUGAAAAGGUAGACAUGGAAAAGGAAGCCAAAUAAAGACUCUUCUGGCCUGAGUUCUCCUUGGGAGAAAUUUCUGAGCAUGACAGAGGAAAUAGUCAAUUAUUUUGGACUUUCACUUAAAACACCCCACCCCAACUGUAGUAACGUAUGUAGAAGUCCAAGCACACCACAAACUGCUUCCAUUUUUUUCCUUUUUACAGGCAAAACAAAAAGCACAAAUAAGUCCUUCACUCUUAUCCAGCUGUUCACUCACUCCUCUGAUUUUUUCUCUCUCUCUUUCACUUCAUGUUCUUUUUAUUCUUACGGCAUCUUAUUUCUGUUGCCAUUAAGCUGUAGGGUUUUACUCUUAUUCUUGCUUGCUUUUUAGAUGUUGUUUCCAAGAUUUUAUCUUUAAUGUCAGCAGUAUUACUUUCCAGUAAAAGUUUUGAUUAAUUGUCAUUAUUCAGGGGAAACUGUCCCUCAUUGUGCUCACUCUUUAGCGCCACCAUGUGGCCACAAGGGACACACGGCUUCAGGAAGUGGCUCUGAGUUUUUAUGAGAUCCAAGGUUGUUUUAAGGGAGUCUGCUUGGCAUUGGGAGUCUGUGCAAGGUUGGAUCCCUAAAGAAACUAAUAUCUAUAUAUGUGAAGAUGUAACACAGCCUGCAUAAAUCUGUAUAGUCACAAAUAUGUACACAUAAACUAAACUAAUGUAUCAUUUUAUAUGAAUUGCACUCACUGCAAGUAUUUUUUUUCUUAUUGUUUUUGAUGGCUGUUCCACUCUAAAGCCUAAAGAUGCCAUACCUAACACAAUGUGACGCCUGUCAUGUGAAAUACAUGCAAUGGAUUAGUGUUAUAUGAUGACCACCAUAUGUGUAAGGAUUACGAUGCUGAUGCUGUGCACCAUUCACCAGCUGUGACAUUAUUGUGACUCACUGAGGAGUAAAAACGAGCUGAAAUACAGGCUACAGCCCCUCUGGCUGCUCUCAAGGUCAUAUCUUCACAGUCUUUGAAAAGUCCACCAUUGUUAUAAUCCCACUUUACCUUGAGCCAUAAAAUACUGUAUAGCCCUAUUUGCUCAACCAGGUUUUUUUUUUAUGCUCACUGCUGGAAUUAAGACACAUGCGUCAGUAAAUUAGAAUAUAAUUAAAAGGAUUAGAUGUUUGUUUUAAGUUUCUGAUCGUUUUUUAUUAUACUUUUUUGGUAAAAAACAAAAACAAACAGUUUCUCUGAAAGGUUAAACAACCGCUUGUCUGCAUUGUUGAUUCAGGCAAAGUAAAACCAUGAUCUGAAUUGCUUAUUUUUAAAGGUCAGGCAUACUUGCCUUCUCUUUUCAAGUUUCUCUGUGAAUUCAAUUAGCAACCAUAUGCUAUUAUUUUUGUUAAAUAUCUGCCAUAGGAAAUCUCAAUUUUAAACAACCAGCAGUUUAUUAAUAUAUUUAGCUCUAAUAAGCAGAAAACCAUGAAACGUUUCAUAAAGAUGAAGUGCAAAUUUCCUUCAUAGGAAAAAAAACACAACACAUAAUUUCCAAGCAAAUGAAAAGAAAAGUAGGUUCGAAAAAACAUAACUGUUUGGAUUUUAGUGUCAUUCCGUUGUAAAAACCUAAUUAUGCUUCUAAGACUGGUAUGCAUUAUUCUACUUUAUUAGUUGUUAAAACACAUUUUAGGCCCCUAUUAAGAGCCAUUGUAGAGUAAAUGUAGAGCAAUUGUAAAGUGUUCUUAAUUUUCAUUGAAGGCUCCUGCACAGUUUGGACUUGAUAAAGUACAGUGAACCAACAACAGCAGCACCUGAAAAAUAGGACUUUAAAUAAUGGGUAAAAGUCCAAAUCUUUUUUCUCUUAGCCAGGUUAGACACUGCUAAUAACCAUAGGAGUUGUAGCCCAUGUUGAGCAUAAGCUCUUAAAGCUGCCUCUCCAGCCUCUCACAUGUUGUGAAUCUUUUCAAAACUCAUUAA